AUGAGGAUUGAGGUUGCUCUCCAGCUGGGCUUCUGUGCCCUGUGUCUAACUCUGGUGCUUCUUGAAGGAGGAAUGGGAGUGGAGCUUCCUGAUCCACCUGCAGUACAUUGUGUUUGGAGCCGCUGGUCCGAGUGGAGUUCUUGUGACCCUUGCAAGAAAACCAGAAGGCGAUCCCGCAGUCCAGAAGUGUUUGGCCAGUUUGCUGGCGAGUCCUGCCAGGGAUCACUGGGAGACAGAGAGUUCUGUAUAACAGAUGCUACAUGUGAGCUACCGCCUGCCGCCGUGUGCUCCGAGACGGAGUUCCAGUGCGAGUCAGGUUCUUGCAUCAAAAAGAGAUUAAUGUGCAACGGGGACUACGACUGUGAGGACGGAUCAGAUGAGGACUGUGAUCCUGGCCGUAAACCCUGUGGUUCAGCCGUUCUGGAUAGCAAUGAGCAAGGCAGAACAGCAGGAUACGGAAUCAACAUCUUGGGUGCAGAUCCUCGAAUGAACCCCUUCAACAAUGAUUACUUCAAUGGGUUGUGUCAUCGAGUGAGGAAUCCAAACACCGGGCGCCACGACAGGCUUCCCUGGAACGUUGGCGUGCUCAACUAUGAGACUCUAGUGGAGGAAACGGUUUCAAAAGAAAUCUAUGAUGACACGCACAGCCUCCUGAGGGAAAUGCUGAAAGAGAUGAGCAUUAAAGUCGACGCUGGGCUUUCCUUCAAAUUCAAGCCAAGUGAGAAGUCCUUGUCCAAUGUCUCUCUGAAUCUGAAUUUAGAUUAUCAGUAUGAGAAGAAAACAAUGAUUAAGGAGAUGUCAGAGUACACCAACAUUAAGAACAAGAGCUUCAUGCGGGUGAAGGGCAGAGUGCAGCUGAGCACCUACAGGCUGCGCUCCCGUGACCUCCAUCUGGCCGACGAAUUUCUGGAGCAUGUCAAAUCUUUGCCUUUGCAGUAUGAGAAGGGUAUUUAUUUUGCCUUUCUGGAGGAUUACGGAAGCCACUACACCAAAAAUGGGAAGUCUGGCGGCGAAUAUGAGUUGAUCUAUGUUCUCAACCAGGACACCAUCAAGGCGAAAAAUCUGACAGAGAGGAAAAUUCAAGAAUGCGUCAAAUUGGGCAUCACAGCAGACUUUGGUAGCACGUCUGUGACUGAUGGAAAAGCUCACUUCAAGAAAGACGGGUGUAAUAAUGUAACAACAAAUUCCACAGGAGAAAUUCAUGGAAAAGCUCUGGUGGACAAGGUCAUGACAUCGGUCAAAGGAGGUACCCUAGAAAGUGCUGUCACUAUGAGGGCGAAACUGAAUAAGGAAGGGGUGAUGGACAUCACUACGUAUCAGGACUGGGCCCGAACCAUCGCUGAGGCCCCUGCACUGAUUUACAGUGAGCCGGAGCCCAUCUAUAUGUUGAUCCCAUUGGAAAUGCCGGACGCUAACUCCAGGAUAGCCAACCUGAAGCGGGCCAUAGCAGACUAUGUGGCCGACUACAACGUGUGCAAGUGCAAGCCUUGUCUGAACGGGGGCACUCUGGCUCUGCUGGAUGGAAAGUGUAUAUGCUUGUGCCCUCACCUGUUUGAAGGCCUGGGCUGCCAGAAUUACAAGGGUGAUAAAGCUAAAAGUCCAGGUGAAAGGCCGACUGUUACCCAGGAAGGUAACUGGUCGUGCUGGUCCAGCUGGUCCAGCUGUAACGCGGCGAAGCGCACCAGGACACGCAGCUGUAACACAGAAGGGCUCCUGGGAGCUGUGUGCAGAGGAGACACCAGCAGCGAAGAGUACUGCUAA